AAAUCUUGACGGGCUAGCCUCGAGCAGCUGGACAAGUGUGUACAGAGACCCAUACCCAGAACAUUAAAUACAGAGUCUCAAGUUGCUUUGAAACCAUUUUUAGAGGAGCGAGAACAGAACUCUCUACAAACAUAGCCAUGGGAGAAGUAGAGAAAAGCUUGGCCGAGUUAAGAAAAACCUUCAAAAGUGGAAGAACCCGAAGCGUUGCAUGGAGGAAAAACCAGCUCAGAGCCCUCCUUGACCUCAUCAGUGACAAAGAAGAGGUGAUAUUCGAAGCUCUCCAUCAGGAUCUUGGGAAGCAUCCAGUUGAAGCUUACCGUGAUGAGAUUGGGGUGGUGAAAAAAUCAGCCAGUUUUGCGUUGAAUAAUGUGGAGAAAUGGAUGGCCCCUAAGAAGGGACAAAUACCGCUGCUUUUCUUCCCAGCAAAAGGAGAAGUGCUGCCCGAACCGCUUGGAGUCGUUCUCGUACUUUCAUCUUGGAACUUCCCUAUCUCCCUGGCACUGGACCCACUGAUAGGAGCCAUAUCUGCAGGAAAUGCAGUGGUUCUAAAACUAUCAGAGAAUGCUCCGGCAUGCUCUUCUUUUCUGGCUAAAACUCUCCCCCUUUACUUGGACAACAGUGCCAUUAAAGUAUUUGAGGGUGGAGCAGAUGUAGGUAACGAACUACUGCAGCACAAAUGGGACAAGAUCUUCUUUACCGGAAGCUCACGAGUGGGGUGUCUUGUCAUGACUGCUGCUGCAAAGCAUUUGACACCUGUUACUCUAGAGCUGGGAGGAAAAUGUCCUGCAAUCCUUGAUUCCCUCUCCAAUCCUUCUGAUAUGAAGGCGGCAGUCAAACGAAUUGUAGGAGCGAAGUGGGGGGCAUGCAGCGGGCAGGCAUGUAUAGGAGUAGAUUAUGUACUCGUAGAAGACAAUUUCAAAUCUACUCUGAUAGAAUUAUUAAAGAAGACAAUCAAGAAGUUCUAUGGAGAGAACCCAAAAAGCUCGAAGAGCAAUGCCCGAAUAAUAAACAAGCACCACUUUGAGAGAUUGCGGAAUCUGCUCGAGGACCCUCUUGUUGCAGAUUCAAUUGUCCAUGGCGGUUCAUCAGAUGAGGAAAACCUGUUUAUUGAGCCCACAAUAUUAUUAAACCCUCCACUUGAGGCUGAAAUCAUGACCGAAGAAAUCUUUGGUCCACUGCUCCCAAUAAUCACUAUAGAUAAAAUUCAAGAAAGCAUUGACAUAAUAAAUUCAAGGUCAAAACCUCUUGCCAUUUAUGCCUUCACAAAGGAUGAAACAUUGAAGAGAAAGAUCUUAGCAGAAACAUCAUCGGGAAGUGUGGUCUUCAACGAUACCAUGAUACAAUUUUUAUGUGAUGCUUUACCAUUUGGAGGUGUUGGUCAGAGUGGCUUUGGAAGGUACCAUGGUAAGUACUCUUUUGAUACUUUCAGCCAUGAAAAAGCGGUUCUGCAAAGAAGCUUCUUCCCAGAAAUUGAGCCCAGGUAUCCACCGUGGAACAGUUUUAAGCUGAAAUUCAUCAGAUUGGCAUACAAUUUUGACUACCUCGGAUUACUGCUGCUCCUCAUGGGUCUGAAAAGAUAGCCAUUUUAAGGUCAAACUAUGCGCGCGCGCGCGCACAUAUAUAUAUAUAUAUAUAUCACUAGUUGUUCUAUUGGCAAUAAAGUAUUCUAAUGUACUUUCUGAUGCAUCUUUGUGCCUACAAUUAGGGGCAAUAUAAGAUUUCUAAGUACCUUAUGCCCCAUUGUGUUACACUAAGAAAAGGGAAACUUCUUGUGAAAAUGAAAGAUUCUCUCUCUAUUUGUGUUGGUGACCGUUUGAUUGAGGCCGUUACUCUAUAUACACACUGAAAAUUAUGAAUAAUAUGUCUUUCCUUUGUUUGUGGUU